CGAAGAGAUGUUUCAUCAGUAUCCCAUAACUGAAUGUUUCUUCUGUGGAAAGCCGGCGCUCGGCAAAGAAUACGGAAAGAUUGUUGAGAAGAUAAAUGCUGAGACCUCUACCAAAAUCCGAGCUGCCUUAUGCAUAUCCUGCUCACAGAAAAAGGAAUUUAAAUUUACGAUGGCUGAUUUAUGCGAAGUGUCUGACGUCCCUUUUGAGGAAUUGAAAAACUACGCUUGCAUCGCUAAUCCCUUGAGGGCCUUUCCUGAAAAUAUUCCUGAUUCUCAGAUAAAAGAAAUCGUGAUCGGAAUCUCGGACAGAUAUCAGUGCCAGAUCUGUUUGGAUUUCAUCGAAUUGAGAAAAAGAGUGGAGGAUCACCACACCGAAAGCCACCCCGAAAUACCGAUGUUCAGGUGCAAUUCUGGAUGCAACUUGUGCUACUGCCUAAGUAGCAGGAAAAGCCACAAAGCUCAUUGCGGCAUUGUGUGCCCAGUUUGCAAGCAAAAGUUCGCAGUAGACACUGGACACUUUUUAAGAGUGGACCCUUGCGUCAAAUGUCCAGUCAGUGGAUGCACCACCGCUUUCCAGAUUAAGAAGAAUGAACUUGGAGAGGAUGAGAACGGAAUCAAUGAGUUUUUGAUGCACAUCAUGACUACACACGUGUGGGAAAUUCUAAAAUUUGCUGAAACCGGUUGAAAUCAUUGUAAUGAGGAGACGACGGAUCAAAGUAAAAAUCUUUUUUCCAUUUAUUUUCGAAUUAAAAUUCGAACGAAAUUUUAGCAGCCUUUUUAAUUUAAUCAAGCAGAGUGUAGUUUAGAUUUAGAAUACAAAUUCAGUAAUCAUUUUCUUGUAUUCGCUUAACAGUUCUUCCGUAACUCUGCUGCAAAUUUUACUCAAAAAUUACUGUAAUUUAAAUUACCAAAUAAUUAGAAGAGCAAAAGUGCUCAGGACUAAUUUAAAUCCGUGUCAGGGUCCUGCUGUUUUGAAUCCUUUUUGCAGAUUUUGUAUCGAAAUAAGAAAAAUGUAUAUUCAGAAAUAAAGUUUUACA